AGGCUUCUGGCGAGAGCUGGUCGGUCGCAAGAAUCGUGCUUUCCUCCAUCACCAAGUUACUCAGUAGAGCUGAGGCCAUCCACACAGCACGAUGAAGUUUUUGAAACGCGAAGCUCGCGCUGAUCGCGCUGAGCACCCGGACUCGACGCCGGUGUACAGGUCCACUCAGAAGCAGCUCCCCAUGUUGCAUCUGAAAGACACCGUGCGGAACAAUGUCAUUGCCGUCAUUGGAGAAUUCGUUGGAACCUUCCUGUUCUUGUUUUUCUCGUUCGCUGGCACUCAGGUGUCCAAUACGCCCAAACCGGUGGAAGGUGCUCCGCCGAAUACAGCAAACUUGCUCUAUUCGUCCUUGUCAUUCGGGUUUUCUUUGAUGGUCAAUGUCUGGGCCUUUUACCGCGUGACGGGCGGUCUCUUCAAUCCAGCGGUCACACUGGCGUUAUGCCUCGUGGGAGGCCUGUCUCCCAUUCGGGGAGUCCUCGUCUUCGCAGCUCAGAUCGUGGGUGGUAUUGCAUCGGCCGGGGUGGUCAGCGCACUGUUUCCGGGCGACUUGAAUGUCGCAACCCGUCUCGGAGGAGGAGCCUCCAUCUCCCAGGGGCUGUUCAUUGAGAUGUUCCUCACCGCGCAACUGGUCUUUGUGAUCAUCAUGUUGGCAGUGGUGAAACACAAGUCAACCUUCCUGGCCCCGGUCGGAAUUGGUCUGGUCUUCUUUGUCACUGAGAUGAUUGGUGACUACUAUACCGGCGGCUCCCUCAAUCCUGCUCGCUCUCUCGGCCCGGACGUCAUCAACCGCAGCUUCCCGGGCUACCACUGGAUUUACUGGGUCGGUCCAUUGCUUGGUUCCUUGCUGGCGUGCGGUUUCUUUGGUCUCCUGAGGAUGAUGGAAUACCAGACCGCCAAUCCGGGACAGGAUUAUAACGAGUGGGAAGCCAAGAACGGCCCCGGAUCCUGGGAUGCCACGAUGAACCGGCCAUCGGUCCAAUUAUCCGACUCGUCCACAUUAAACCGGGCGCAUUCGCCUAAUGGUCAUGCUGUGCAACCGCAACACGUCAACGGUGCAGAGCAGGUUUAACCGCUGGCGGCCAGCCGAGCUGGAACUAGAUGAGCCAUACAUCUUGCCAUUGGACUCGACGACGCUUUUGAUGCUGAUGUUUUUGUUUAUCUGCCUGGGUGGCUCCUCUCUGCGGGAUAGCCAGGGCGACAUGGGAUCCUGUAGUUUAUUGUUAUUGUGAAUAUGUAUCGUUACAUCGCAAGCAAGGAUUAAUGACUGUUGGGGGAGAGUCUUGGGUGGGAGGGUUACAUAUUAGCUAAUGGUGGUUGGGACGGGCUUGAAGAGUCCCAUGCGCACGUCACGUUGGGUCUCCUAACCCUUUUAGUCGAUAGUCUGUUCCAUUAGUCCCAAAUUGAUCGACUCCGUUCUUCCGGCAUCAUCAAAAGGAAUUUGUUUCCAGCGUCGAAUUUCUCUGCCGGCCAAAGGACCUCCAUAGCGACAACUUUCUUGAAAUAAUUCACUCCAUG